AUGUCUGACAACCAGUUCAACGAGGAGCUCGACUACAAUGAGGAGGAGGAGAACCUGGUGGAGGAGGCCGGGGCCGCCGCGGCCAAGGGGGACUUCGACCAGGGCCGCUCGGCGGUGGGGUGGUCCGACAUGUCCCUCAAGGACGAGAUCGUGAAGGCCAUCGCGGAGGCCGGGUGGGAGCACCCCUCCGAGGUGCAGCAGCAGUGCAUCCCGCGCGCCAUCAACGGCGUGGACGUCAUCUGCCAGGCCAAGGCCGGGCGCGGCAAGACGGGCGUGUUCGCCAUCUCGGUGCUGCAGCAGCUCGAGGUGCCCGAGGGCGACAAGAACGACCACGUGCAGUGUCUGGUGAUGUGCCACGUGCGCGAGCUGGCGGUUCAGAUCCUGGGGGAGUUUGACCGCCUGAAGAAGCACCUGCCGCGCAUUACGACCAAGUCGUUCAUCGGCGGGCAGACGACGGAGAAGCAGGACCGGGAGUGGAUCGAGAAGAACGGGCACCCGAACAUCGUGGUGGCGACGCCCGGGCGGCUGAAGGCGCUGGCGUCGAAGAAGACGCUGGACCUGAGCAAGCUGCAGUUCUUCGUCCUGGACGAGUGCGACAAGAUGCUGGAGAAGGUGGACAUGCGCGGCGACAUCCAGCAGAUCUUCAAGAUGACGCCCCCCGAGAAGCAGGUCAUGAUGUUCACGGCGACGCUCCCCGCGGAGAUGCGCGCGAUCUGCAAGCGCUUCAUGAAGAGCCAGGAGGUGCUCGAGGUGCUCGUGGACGACGAGCACAAGCUCACGCUGCACGGCCUCGUGCAGCACUACGUCGCGCUGAAGGAGGACGAGAAGAACCGCAAGCUCUUCGACCUCCUCGACUCGCUCGACUUCAAGCAGGUGGUCAUCUUCACCAAGACGCCCGCGCGCGCCAAGGCGCUCACGGAGCUCCUCAACGAGGUCAACUUCCCCGCCUCCUGCAUCACCUCGUCCAUGAAGCAGGAGGAGCGCCUGAAGAACUUCAAGGAGUUCAGGGAGAACAAGGCGCGCAUCCUGGUGGCGACCGACCUGCUGGGGCGCGGGAUCGACAUCGUGAACAUGAACGUGGUGAUCAACUACGACAUGCCGACGGACGACGAGGAGCGCCACGGGAAGGGCGACGACACGUACCUGCACCGCGUGGGCCGCGCGGGCCGCUACGGCACCAAGGGGCUGGCGAUCACGUUCGUGGCGUCGGAGGAGGACCAGCGCGUGCUGCAGAAGGUGCAGGAGCGCUUCCAGGUGGAGAUCAAGCCGCUUCCGGACGCCGUGGACCCCUCAGUGUACAAGCACUCGGACAACUUCGCGGACAACGUCGUCGAGCGGUUCUGA